AUGGUAUACGGACGUGGAAGACGGCAGUUUGUGAUGGGUGGUAAGAUGAGUCUGAAGGUUUUGUGUUUUGGGUUGCUUCUGGGUGCGGUGGCUGCGGAGUACAGUGAUGGUUUGAAUUUCAGGGGCUUCAUGCCGAGCUCCAGUUUUCGCACGGAGGACCAGCUGGCGGAGCCCUCGGCCAGGGUAGAAAAGAGCAGAGAAGAGAGGGAGCAGAAUGAUCGGGAUCGCACGCAGCGCUUCGGGAUUUCCACUUAUGGCACGACGGGGGCGCAGGGCCCGUAUGGCGGAUCGGCUCCGGGUCUAUACGGCCCCGUGAAAAUAGACCUGGGUGGCGUGCUGAUCGGGUCAAUCCUAGGUUUUGGAGCGGUGCUCAUCCUGCCUAAGAUCAUGCACGUGCUUUCGUACGGCUAUGGUGGUGGAUACGGACGUAGUGUAGACUCAGGGUCAUCCCAGAUAUCAGACAUGCUGAAUCGACUGGACGAGAGUCUAGCGCGGUACAAUAUCGACUCGGGCGCGUGUACGCAACGGCUGGCGUGCUCGUAUGUUCAGCUGGCCAAUGAGAACAUGCAGGCCGGGAAUGCUACGGAGUUUGACGCGCUGCUGGCUAAUUUGUCCAGCAACUCGCUAGUCCGUCGUAUGCUGGACGGCACGGCAAUAUUCGAAGCGGUGAGCGCGGGCCGCACGCACGGCGACUGCCAGCAACUCUAUCCAAAGUGCAAGUUGGACAAGAAGACCGUCGUCAAGGUGCUGACGCAGCUGGUGCCCUCGUAAAAUAGAUAAGGAUUAUUGUAGAAUAAAUUAGUCUUAGUUGUU